AAGAACCCUAAUGGUUACAAUCAAGCAGACUUAUCGUAUUCAUGCCUCUUCCUAAACAAAGAGCCCUAAUUUUUUUCCUUGCGCAGAACCAAUGAACGAGAAUCAUCAUCAGCACUCAAGGCCAGUACCAAGGAAGACGAACGUAUGGCGGGUAUGGGGGAAGAACGUUGAUGAAGAGAUGGCUCGAAUGUUGGAAUGUCAUAAGCUAUUUCCACUGAUAGCUUUUGAUACAGAGUAUCCGGGGAUUAUUCACCGGACAUACCCAGAUUCAUCAGACAAUGAUUGCUAUGUCGCCAUGAAAGCUAACGUUGAAUCGUCUAAACUGAUCCAGUGCGGCUUGACACUCUUCAACGCAAAGGGUGAGAUUGGUGGCGUUUGGGAGAUCAACUUUUCGAACUUUGGUGACCCGUCUGACACACGUAACGAGAACUCGAUCAAUUUUCUGAAGAGACACGGCGUGGACUUGAACAAGAUCAGAAACGAAGGAGUAGAUAUGUUCAAAUACGGUUUUUUCCCGAAGCUUUUGUCUGCACUCUACUCUCAUAAGUACGUCGAGUUUGUCACUUUCCAAGGAGCUUAUGAUUUCGCGUACGUCCUGUGCAUACUCAACCAUGGAAAGCUUCCCGAGACUCGCGAAGAAUUUGCAUCUGAAGUUGUGAAAGUCUUCGGUGAAGUUUACGACCUAAAGGUCAUGGCUGGAUUCUGCGAUGGGCUAGGUGAACACCUUGGUUUAUCUAAGCUAGCUCAGCUACUCAAUAUCCCACGUGUGGGAAGAGCGCACCAUGCGGGUUCAGACAGUUUAAUGACUGCACUUGUGUUCAUCAAGCUCAGACAAGUGUUUGAAGACUCUAGGUUCGCUAAAGGGAUGCUUUAUGGAAUUGGGAAGAGAAUGAUCGCUACAGCUACCACCACCAACACCACUAUACCGUCUUCGGUCUCUGUGCCUAUGAUGUGCCAGCAGAAUCUAGUUUCAUAUCCUUCUCUGGAUAUGCUCUUCCAUAGUGGAUACAUCCCAAGCUAUAUCCCAAGCUAUGAUCAUAAUCAGGUUCUCUUCUGGAAUCAAUUUGCUGCUGUUCCAUGGAUGUCUUAUGAUAAUGGUAUGUAUAUCAAUCAGCUUAGUCAUGUACCUUCAAGCACAUUCGCAUACCCGUAUCAGACACCAUAUGCUGCUGAUUACCUGCUUCCGGAUUUACUACAAUAAUAAUUCUAGUUUGAGUUUUUCCCGUUAGGAUUUAAUUAGAUGGAUUUAUGAAACAACUUUUCUUCUUGUUUUUUUUUCUCUUUUUUUUUUCCUCUAGCUUUGGUUUUAUUU